UGAAAAAAAAAAAACGUAAAGCGGUCGGUAGGGGCGCGAGGGAAAUAAUCCAGCGUCAGCGACACAAAUAUUAAGAAAACAGCAGUUUGGUUUUUUAAAGUGGUUGUUUUUUAUGCGUCGAGUGAGAGAGGAUUAACGUUUCGUACCGUGUGUAAAAUGGGAAACUGCCACACCGUUGGACCGAACGAGGCCCUUGUGGUUUCAGGCGGCUGCUGUGGAUCAGACCAGAAGACGUAUGUUGUAGGGGGCUGGUCCUGGGCCUGGUGGCUCAUCUCUGACAUCCAGAGAAUGUCUCUGGAGGUUAUGACCAUCCUCUGUCGCUGUGAGAAUAUCGAAACCUCGGAGGGUGUUCCCCUGGAUGUGACAGGGGUGGCUCAGGUGAAGGUGAUGACGGAAGACGAACUGCUGGGCUAUGCCUGCGAGCAGUUCCUGGGGAAGUCGGUCAUGGAGAUCAAGAGCGUCAUCCUGCAGACCCUGGAGGGCCACCUGCGCGCCAUCCUGGGCACCCUGACCGUUGAGCAGAUUUACCAGGACAGAGACAAGUUCGCCUCCCUGGUGCGAGAAGUGGCAGCGCCUGAUGUGGGCCGUAUGGGCAUCGAGAUCCUCAGCUUCACCAUCAAAGAUGUGUAUGAUAAAGUGGAGUACCUGAGCUCACUGGGUAAAACUCAGACAGCUGCAGUCCAGAGGGACGCAGACAUUGGCGUGGCGGAGGCAGAGAGAGACGCUGGCAUCAGGGAAGCCGAGUGUAAGAAAGAAAUGAUGGACGUCAAGUUCGUCGCAGACACCAAAAUGGCCGACUCCAAACGAGAGCUGGAGAUGCAGAAGGCUUCAUUCAAUCAAGAAGUGAACACGAAGAAAGCGGAGGCGCAGUUGGCGUACGAGCUGCAGGCGGCCAAGGAGCAACAGAAGAUCCGUCUGGAGGAGAUUGAGAUCGAGGUGGUGCAGAGGAAGAAGCAGAUCACCAUCGAAGAGAAGGAGAUCGACCGCACUGAGAAGGAGCUGAUCGCCACCGUGAAGAGACCCGCAGAGGCUGAAGCCUACAAGAUGCAGCAGCUCGCCGAAGGACAGAAGAUAAAGAAGGUGCUGACCGCACAGGCCGAGGCCGAGAAGAUCCGCUGCAUCGGAGAGGCUGAGGCCGGCUCCAUCGAGGCCGUGGGAAAAGCCGAGGCUGAGAAGAUGAGGCUGAAGGCUGAGGCCUACCAGCAGUACGGCGAGGCCGCCAAGACGGCUCUGGUCCUGGAGGCGCUGCCCAAGAUUGCCAGCAAGGUUGCCGCUCCGCUGUCCAGGACCAACGAGAUUGUCAUCCUGAGCGGAGAAAACAGCCGCGUGACCGGAGAGGUGAACCGCUUGUUAGCGGAGCUCCCCGUCUCUGUCAACGCCCUCACUGGAGUGGACCUGACUAAGAUCCCCCUGCUCCAGAAGAUGACCAGCCCACAGUGCCAAGCAGCGGUGUAAUCCAUCAGGCCUGAGACUCCUCACUCUUUCAAUAUGUAUCUGCCUCAAGCAUGAAAACAGUUACUUCAGCCUUUGACCCCAUAUGCAACUGCCUUUGACCAGAAACACUUGACACCAAUAAAGAGGUUUUUGUUUUUGUUUUUAAAGAUUUUUAAGACGUUUUUAAUUUUCUACAGGAAUUGUUUCUGGGCCCUUUCUUCUCAAGGACCAGACUGUAUAGAUCUUCUGUUCUUAGUUCGACUUGUUGUUCUGCACUAGUUAGCCAGGAUUAUAUGCUGUAGCUCGGUUCAGGCUAGUAUUGAUCACCAAAGCUGCAAGCAGCAGCAUAAUUUUAACGGUAGAAGUUAAGAGUUAUGAGGGAACGAAACAAUCCUGAAUUUUGAAGGACAGAUCUGAAUAUUGGACUCCAGAUGUGUCUGAAUUCCCCCCGCCCCCUCUGCAGCGUGCCGAUUUCCCAUCAGGGCCGUUUCACCUGGUUCUUCGUUUAGGGGAACAGCUGGGCACUUGCUGCCUGUCCCCCUUUAGUUCCACCUGAAAUACAGGAUUAGUUCAGAAAUAGUUCUGUUUCCCAAUCAAAUGAUCUUGUCCGGGCUGAUCCAACCUGUACUCACUGUGAUUAUAAGAUGUGUUAUGUGGGUGAUCUCCAGGUCACUUUUAGGAUCCUCUUUACCUCUGUCUGUCGUCACGUCGCCUGUCCCCUCGUUCGGAUGUGCAGUGCCUGUUCAUCACUCAAGUGCCCAAACCUGAUAGGACAGCGGUUUGGCUUCAGAUGGAUUUAUGUGUGUGUGUGUGUGUGUGUGUGUGUGCGCGCGCGCGCAUCAGUGUGUUAUAGAAAGACAAUGUUUAAAUGUGGCUCCUUGUUCUCGCAACAUCUGCUUCCACUAACAGCAGCGCUUCACUUUAGACACGUUUGAACACAUAAAGCUGCGCAGACGUCUAACACAAGCCAUACGUAGAGAUGAUUCGCCUUAAUAUAGACCCUGAACACUAUCGUAUUACCUCAAGUAGACCGUGGUGGACGUUCAGGGUCCGAGCUUUAGGUCAGUUUGCUUCUCCUCUCCAUCACUCAUGUUUCUCGUCACAUCAUGUCAAACUCCCGCACUCCUGCAGUCUGUCCUCGUGUCUUAUAUCACCUCGGCACGUCGGGCUGCCGUGUGCCCCACACACUCGGCGGAAGCCGUGACAAAGCAGUAAAUUAGCGUUACGUUGAGCGGAGAUGGAAAACAGACACGUGACGAGGUUGGAAACGCCGUGCGUGGCGUUUGCGCUCAGGUGGCUCUCAGUCGGGUGAAUGUGAGGCGAAGCGUGAGUUUGGGUAAACAUAAACUGCUGCGAUGUCAAUGAUCAACGUGUGGUUGGAGUUUGAGAGAAAACCUCACUGCGUCAGUGCUCCAGACUUAGUAAAGCUAGAUUAACAAGAACUAAUAUAUUAGAUAUUUUUUAUUCAGAAUAAAAUAAAUCCCCUCUGGUUUUGUGUUGGGUGGAGUGUGUGGGACGCCACAGGAAAUUCACAGUCCAGCUCAUCGCCAUGGCAACCCAUGUAAACAAAAGAACUAGCACUUCUUCAUAAAAGAAAUUGGUCAAAGUGAAGGUACCUUUCUGUUUUCUACUUGUUGAAUUCUUCACAAACCAAACCUUGUCCAGUGCUUCAGUUUUCAUGUGGACGAUUCACGUUUCAACCUCUAGGGGGCAGAAUGUUAACAGGAUUUUAUCCUUUUCUUGCUCCUUCUUUGCUGUUUGUGUGUGUGUUUUUUUUUUAAUAUCAUCCUGACUUGGUUUUAAUUUUUCUGACACGUUGCAUAGCUUCUGUUCGAUCCCCCACAGUGUGAAUGAUCACAAACCACUUCAACAGAUCUGUGACUUUUAGUGUUUGUUAUUAUUCCAUGUCGCCACUGACUGUUAUAAAAUCAUUUUUCUUUUCUGUAAAAUAAACUUGAUUCGUUCCUGUUGCUGACAUGCUUUGUUUGUUCCUGGUUUGCCAUGAAAACGAGGGUGAUGAUGUGAAGAUGUCGAUGUCCGACUUGCCGUCCGAUGCUUUCAGAGAUCACCUGAUAAUGAACAGGAGUGAACAGUUUGCACUCCAGUGUGGCGCACAGGAGUGAACUCACCUGAAUUCAGCCGCAGAUUUAAACCAAACUUCCUUUUCCUCAGUGAUUGUGGACAAAACUUCACUCACUCCAACAAACUGACUGACAGCUUCUAUAACGCUAACGCUCCUCUUAUAUAGAAAAGUAGACUUGUGUCCACAGUGCCUUUGUUAAACGAAAAGGAUAUUCAUACUCUGAUGUGCAGAUUAUAGACUGUAUUCAUAAUCUCUGGGAUAUUUGAUUGUGAAUUUAUUGUAGGAUGAAGACCACAUUAUAGAUUAUGUGAAAUUGAUGAAUAUAUGCCUGUUUAACUGUAAAUUUUUCCUCAUUCUAUUUUUUAUUUUUUGUUUUAUGUACUACAAACAUUUAAGGGAAGCCACACAGUUACUUACAUACAGCCUGUAUAUUUCCAUAGUUUAAAGACUUCAGGAAGCAUUGUGUUCCUCUGGAAUCCGGACCGUCGUCUUUGAUUUUGGCCGUCCUUUUUUGUGCCAAGAUCCGUUUCAUUUCUCUUCGCUUUUCGUUACUCUCAAGAGGAGAAUGACCAAACCUAGACCCACGCCUUAACUCUCAUUUCCAUUUCAACCCUUCUCCUGUCUGUCACUGAUAAUAAUCUGUAAUCUUUCCUAAAAUAAUAUUGUGAGUUUAUCUUGUGGCUUUCAUGUAGCACUGGCCUCGGGAAGAACUGAUCCAGUCUGGCAUGUCGAGCAUGUGUUCACAUUAUUCUGUGUCCUGUGUGCCGCCCUCUAAUAAAUGUUAUACCACUUCCUGUA